AAUGUUUUCAUUGAAACCUAUGGCAGAUUGUGGAAACUAUGUCUUACACUGAAAGUGUUGCUGAUUUUAUGGAUAUCUUGGGUCCAUUUUAUGAAUUUGUUCCAUUGGAAGACAGUGAAGCUAAGCAUAAUGGUAAUGGUAGUCAUGAAUCUGAUGAAGAUAAUGAUAUUCAUAUCAAACAGGCUAUGGAAAAUAGUAUUGAUUCUUUAGACAGUGUAACAAAGUCUUUAAAAAAGCAGUUAAAAAGUAAAAAAUGUAAUGGUGAUUUGAGAGAUGGUGGAAUUAAUAAUAGACAGCUGUCAGAAGCUUUCAAUGCUCUAAAGAGCUCUAAUGGUCAUAAGGAAAAUGGUGCAGAUGAAAGUGAAACAGAUGAAUUCUCUGAUACUUAUGAUCAGAUAACAGAAGAAGAAAAUGGAAAUGGUAUAUUAGAAGUAACAAAUGGUCAAUUAGAUUACAAUUCCAAUAAUUUUAAAGAUCAUACAACGUUAAAAAGUGGUAAAAUUGAUCAUGUAACACAGACGCGUGGUGGUGGAGAUCAGAGACCUUCAUCAUCAUCAGGUAAUAGGGAAUCUGGAAGCAGUAAUGGAAGACCCUUUAGGAAUCGUCAGAAUCGAGAUAUUGGAUUACAACCUCAUGUUCCAUCACCAAUGUAUUCUAGUACUAAUGUAAAUCCAGGAGGAAAUGGAAAUGGUGAGGAUGGAACCAUUGGAGGAAGACAUUCAGUUGAUGUUGGAGAGCAGUUGGCUUUAGCAGUCAUUAAAUUGCAGCAUACUAUGGAUGAGGUUGUGAAUAGACUAGAUUCUCUUGAAGUUCUUUUGCAAGAUAAGCAGCAUGAUAAAAAUAAUCAGGAAUCAUCUGAUAAAAGGCUAUUAUGGUCUUUAUUUGGUCUUUCUCCUAGUGCUGCAAUGUUCAUUGUUCUGUGGCCAUUUGUUGCACAUUGGAUUAUUAACAUCAUGAGAAGAAAAAGACAAAGAUAAUGUAUAUAACUCAAUUGUUUUUACACUUUCUCAUUCAUUCCACAAACUAGUUUUAUAA